GUGUGCUAACUGUCGUGAAAACAUAUCGAUGCAGAAAGCCGCGAGCAGGACGCUAAUAAGUCAGUCGUAUUAUUUGCUCCCCAGUUUGAAAUAUUUACGUCGUAUAAAAUACAUCUUCGAUUCUUUAGUAAAGGAUAAAGUCGUCUCGACUGUGCCGCUUCUCGUGCUACCUUUGCUUAAGUUAGCUUAGCUCGCUAGUUAGCUUAGCUUGUUAGCCGCGGACGUUAUCAACACAUCGCUAAGUAGAGAUCGAGUGUAAGAGUAUAGUGUUGUGAUUGUGUGAAAAUGUAUACGUUACAAAUGUUAAGAGCGUUGGUGGAUCAGCGACUAACUGCUGCCGUUGAAGAAAUAUUUGUAGUGUUAGAAAGAACGAUAGCAGAAUACGAGGCGGAACUUUCCAGAACAAAGGAGGAAAACAAUCGACUACUGGACGCUGUUAAGAAACAUCAAGUUGUGUUACCCAGAACAGACGCCAAAGAAGAACCUCUACCUCAUGAGCAGGAGGAGGAAACACAGUCCCCCCACAUACACGAGGAAGAAGAAGUACUACAUUCCCAACACAUUAAAGAGGGAGGAGAGGAACCACAAACCCAUAGUGAUAAACUCACUCUUUACAUUAAAGGGCAAGCAGCAGACCCACUGAUCUUACACAUCAAAAAUGAAGAGGAUGAUCCACUGACGCCUCACUUUAAGGAGCAAGAGAACCCACUGACCCCUCACAUUAAAAAUGAAGAGGAGGACCCACUAAACCCCUACUUUAAAGAGGAAAAGGAGGACAAAGAGCCGCCGCACAUUAAAGAGGAAGAGUUGGAACACCGCAUCAGUCAGCCUAAAUGGUUGGAGGAGUUCCCAGUGACUGGUGUCCCUGUGAAGAGUGAAGAUGAUGAGGUCAAAGGUGAAAGUGAGGAGUGGGGAGGGGCGGAGCCUCCAAGCAGCAGCUCAACACAACACAUGACAACAGAAGCUGAUGGAGACCACUGUGGAGGAUCACAAGCAGACAAGCUCUUAGCUCCACUAUCAGAUAGUGAGGACACAACGUCACACUCUCCUGACACUGAUGAUGAAGACUCUAAAGAUGAUAAGAUAUGUCACACUGACAACACUCACUUCACAUGUUUUCUCUGUGACAAAACCUUUAAAAACCAUUGGCCUUUGAAAAGACACAUGAGAACACACACUGGAGAAAAACCUUUUACCUGUUCGACCUGUGGUAAAGGUUUUACACAAAGUCAAUAUUUGAAAGUACACACGAGAACACACACUGGUGAAAAACCUUUUAUCUGUUCAACCUGUGGUAAAGGUUUUGCACAAAGUCAGGAUCUGACAAGACACAAGAGAACACACACUGGUGAAAAAAUGUUUUCCUGUUCAACCUGUGGUAAAGGUUUUACACAAAGUCAUAGUUUUAAAGCACACUUGAGAAUACACACUGGUGAAAAACCUUUUACUUGUUCAACCUGUGGUAAAAGUUUUACAAGAAGCACAGAUGUGAAAAAACACAUGAGAACACACACUGGUGAAAAAUCACAUUCCUGUUCAAUCUGCAACAAAAGCUUUUGUCAACGAUCAAACCUUGUAGUACACAUGAGAAGACACACUUGUGAGAAACCUUUCAAAUGUUCAGUCUGCAACAAGAGCUUUUGUGACCAAUCAAACCUUGUAGCACACAUGAAAAGACACCCAGGAGAGAAAGUGUUUAAUUGCAGUGUGUGUGGUGAAAGAUUCCCUUCUAAGUACCUGUGUAAGAAACACAAGUGUGCUGGUGACAACAGCAGCAGCAAAUGAAACUGCAGGAUUUGAAAUAAACUGUCCAGACUUUAAUUUUUACUUUCUAACAACAUCAGCACAUAUAACAUUGUUGUUUGUGUAACAAUCUGUUUAAUAUGUUUCUACAUAUAUUAUUGCUUUUUUCAGUCAAGUACGUGCAUUAGUAUGCCAUCAAAGUUUGGAAUGUCAGACAAAAGCCAAUAUUGUACAUCAUCCCAGCGCUUUUCUACCUUCAAGGUACUCAAAGCGCUUUGACACUACUUCCACAUUCACACACUGAUCGAGGGAGCUGCCAUGCAAGGCGCUAACCAGCACCCAUCAGGAGCAAGGGUGAAGUGUCUUACUCAGGACACAACGAACGUGACGAGGUUGGCACUAGGUGGGGAUUGAACCAGGGACCCUCGGGUUGCGCAUGGCCACUAUACCACUGCACCACACCGUCCCUUUUUCAAACCAUUGCUGUACAAAGAUGGAUUUCUCAUUUUAAUAUAACAACAAUUCCAUAGUAAAGUAUUGUGUGUGAUGAAGUUCUGUUUGUAAAUUAGUUUCCAGUACAACAACAAUUGCUGCUAGGGAUGGGUACUGUUCACUUUUCAACCGAUAUGGCACAGAUUCCGGUACCCCAAAAUCGAUACCUGUUCUCAACGUUCCCACUAUUUGGUACUUUUGUGUGUGGUGAUAAUAUUGUUUGUGAUAAUAAAUCUCAAUUUUUAUUUCAACAUUUAAAAUAA